AUGAGGCUGGCCAGCGCUGGGGUCCGGGCCCGGAGGGCUGCAGAGCCCUCUGAACCAGAAUCAGAGGAAGCUACAGAACCGGUGCAUCAUGAACACUCCCAUUCAGAACACCACGAGCACUCCCAUACAGAACAUCACCCAGGCCACGACUACAACCACAUGAAGGACAAGUUCAUGAAUGAACUUAGUCAUCUGCCUAUUCCCAUGUGGGCUGUGGGGGCCAUUGUUGUGGUGGUACUGGUUCUGGUGGCAUGCUUCAUCUUCUGUGUUUUCAAAAAAUGCUUUGGGAAAAAGAAACAGCCAAAGAAGGUGAGGGAGAGGAAGGCAGGUCGCCGCAGAAAGGCAAAGGAAGGUGAAGGAGAGGCUGGAGAGAAGGAGGGGGAGGUGAAGAAGGAAGGUGAGGAAGAGGAGAAAGAACAGGAAAAGUUGGGUAAGCUGGAGUUCUCCUUGGACUACAACUUCACAGAUUGCCAGCUCAUAGUGGGUAUCCUUCAGGCUCAGGACCUUGCUGCCAUGGACAUGGGGGGAACCUCAGACCCCUAUGUCAAAGUCUUUUUGUUGCCAGACAAAAAGAAGAAGUACGAGACCAAGGUUCAACGCAAGAAUUUAUGCCCUGUUUUCAACGAGACUUUCAUCUUCAAGAUCCCGUAUGCAGAGUUGGGCGGAAAGACUUUGGUGCUGCAAGUUUUUGACUUUGAUCGUUUCUCCAAGCAUGAUAUGAUUGGUGAGAUAAAGAUUCCCAUGAACAGUGUUGAUUUGGGUCAGCCAAUGCAACAAUGGAGAGACUUGGAAAGUGGUGAGAAGGAGGAGCAAGAAAAACUGGGUGAUAUUUGCAUUUCUUUACGGUAUGUACCCACUGCUGGGAAACUGACAGUGAACAUCAUGGAGGCAAAGAAUCUGAAGAAGAUGGAUGUUGGCGGCUUGUCAGAUCCAUAUGUGAAGAUUGUUCUGCAGCAAAAUGGAAAACGCAUUAAGAAGAAAAAGACGACGGUCAAGAAAAACACGCUGAAUCCCUACUUUAAUGAAAGUUUUAGCUUUGAUGUCCCCUUUGAGCAGAUACAGAAAGUGCAGGUCGUUAUCACAGUGUUUGACUAUGAUAAACUUGGGAGCAAUGACCCCAUUGGAAAGACCUUUAUGGGUUAUGGAGCAACAGGAGUCGGCCUGCGCCACUGGUCAGACAUGCUGGCCAAUCCCAGACGUCCAGUAGCCCAGUGGCACACUCUACUGCCAGAGGAGGAAGUUGAUACGGCACUCAAAGCAAAACCUCGCUAG